GCUCCCCCCAGCUAGGACUCCCAGAAACCAGCCUGUUCCCCCGGCGAGGUCCUCCAGCACCCCCACAAACCAGCCUGCUCCCCCCCCCCGGCUAGGAAUCCCCCCUUGCAGGAUCCCAAGGGGGCCCCACCCCGAAGCAGGGCUCCCCACCCCGCACUUGAAGCAGGUGGCAUGGCAGCACCAGAGAACUACACUAGGGUCCUGCAAGAAUCCCAGGACGUCUUCCACCGCUUCCCCCUCCAGCUGGUGCACGGGAUCCCGCUCAUGGAGCCCAUCGCCCAGCAGUGGGGCCCCAUCGAGCACUUCCAGGCCCGGCCUGACGACCUCCUCAUCUCCACCUACCCCAAGGCGGGGACCACGUGGAUGCAGGAGAUCGUGGACCUGAUCCUGGUCCGAGGAGAUGUGGAAAAAGCCAGUCGAGCCCCGACCCACGUCCGGAUCCCCUUCCUGGAGAUCUGCUCCCCUCCCCCAGUGCCCUCAGGCGUGCAGCUGCUGGCGAAUGUUCCUUCCCCCCGAGUCAUCAAGACCCACCUGCCCUUCCAGCUGGUUCCCAAGUCCUUCUGGGAGAACAGAUGCAAGGUGAUCUACGUGGCCCGAAAUGCCAAGGAUAACGUGGUCUCUUAUUACUUCUUUGACCAGAUGAACAGGACACAGCCCGAGCCGGGGCCCUGGGAGCUCUAUCUGCAGAAGUUCAUGGAUGGGAAAUUGGCCUGGGGCUCGUGGUACGACCACGUCUGCCGAUACUGGGCCGAACGGGCCAGUCACUGCAUCCUCUACGUCUUCUAUGAGGACAUGAAAGAGCGCUUACAGAGCCCAGAGUCAGAACCCACCGGCUUGUCAAACCCCGCUCCGGCUCCCCGCGCUUCGCUCAGCACGUGGACACAGCGACAGCAAGAACCACCAGAAGUUCAGCAUGAAAGAAGAGAGAGUCGCGAUAGAAUGAGACUAUUGGACAGUUACAGAUUGAAAAAAUCAUAACCUGCUUUCUAGCGCCUCUGUUGAACUCACAAGGCAUUCCCCUGCCUCUCUCCUGCAGGGUCGUUAAUCCCAAGUCCUCCUCCCAGCAUUUUCAAUCAGUUUGGCAUCACCCACGAGUCCUGAAGAAACCCAGAUAUGACAUUGCAGAACUGCUAAAUGUGGCAGCUCACUUACCGCUUAAUUCAGCCUCUGCACCAGCUGACUGGGGGUAGCUCACGGGAUGCUGAUUUUUCGGGAGGCUCCAGAGGCGAUUCUGGCAAUCACAGGCCGGGAAGCCUGACUUCAGUACCGGGCAAGCUGGUUGCCGCUAUAGUAAAGAACCGAAUUGAUCAGACACCCAGAUGCACAUGAUCUACUGGGGAAGAGUCAACAUGGCUUCAGUAAAGGAAAAUCACGCCUCACCAAUCUACUAGAAUUCUUUGAGGGGGUCAAGAAACAUGCGGAGAAGGGGGAUCGAGUGGAUCUAGGACCUGGACUGGCCGGGUAGUUCUGCACUGCAGUAAAAUACCCCUGGGCGGCUCGUGUCGCUGACUCAGGCUCAUGGGGCUUGGGCUCCAGAUCACGCUCUGGAACAUUCCCCCCCACGAGGUCCCAGGAUCCGGGCUCCAGCCCAAGCACCGAACGUCUCCGCUGCAGCUUUCUAGCCACAGCCCGAGCCCUGUGAGCCCGUCAGCAGCCGCAGGCCAGCCGCAGGCAUUACUGCAGCGGAGACACGCUCAGAAAGUCUUUCACGAGGCCCCUCACCAAAGGCUCUUGUGCCAAGUGAGCUGUGAUGGGGUCAGAGGGAAGCUCCUCUCAGGGAUCAGUAACCGGUUAAAAGGCCGAGUUUUCACAGUGGGGAGGGAUGAGUAGCGGGGGUCCCCCAGGGUCUGUUCUGGGCCCAGCGCUGCUCAGCAUAGUAAUAGAUUAUCUGGAACCAGGGUAACCAGGGAGGUGAUGGUGUUCAGUGUCCAUACCUAACUCGUCACCUAGUGCCAUAGGCCAUGGCCAGUGCAACACAGGCGUUCACUACAGCCCUCCCUCCACGUCCCUGGGCGAACUCGUGUGUAGCUCCCAGACCCAAGGGACCCCUGUAACCCUUAGGCACCCCUGGGCCAUCGGCCAGUUGCCAUCGGGAGGCCGCUGGGUCAGCAUCCUUCUCCCCCACCAGGACCCGGCCCGGGAGAUCCUCAGGGUCAUGGACUUCUUGGAGGUGGAGCUGCCCCCGCAGGUGCUG